ACAUUAACGGGGCGUAUGCGCAAUCUGCGUUGUCAUGCAGGACACGCGUCGCCACUGGAGUUGGCUUUAAGUGCACUUUGUCCUCAAUCCCUGUGGUUGAGACCAUCAUCGCUGCGCAAAUCAUCCUCCGCCAGCAACAGCAGCAUCAACAACGCCUGCCCCCCGCCGCCGCCCACGCCGCACCAAGUGAACCCCGCCAGCAGCAGCAGCACUCCGCCCCACUCCCAUCCGCAUCAUUACCCGCUGCACCACCAUCCACAUCCGCAUCCGCAUCCACAUCCGCAGUACCAGAACCACAGCCAGAACCACCAGCACAGGAGAAGCAGCAGCCAGUCCAGUCACACCAGCCACGCGGAUAACUCGAGCGGGUUGGCCACCAAACCGGCCAUCAAUUUGCUCGGCAACCAGCUGCAGACCAACUACUUUGAGUACCCGCCCAUCGCCAUCGCUCCUGGCCAGGCAUUGUUGCACCACCGCAGUGCUCGCACCGCAGUCUCCACACCUUCGCUGAACUCGCAGCAACAGCAGCAGCAGCAGCAGCAGCAUCACCAACGCCCAGUCGGUGGACAGUACAGUUCGGCCGUUGCCAAAGCGGCUGCUUCCACCGCCUGUGCGCUUCUCGCCACGUGCCACGUGUCCAGAGAUUCCCAGUUCGAUUGCGAUUGCGAUUGCCAGCAGCACCUAAAACAGAACCAGAUCCUGAUCCAGACCCAGACCCACACCUCGCAACACCAGGACCAAAUCCCGGAGGAGCAAAAGCCGAACGCAAGCAAAAUGGGUCGACGCGAGAUAAAGCGCUCCAAUACCAGUGGAUCCACCACCAGAUCCUACGACAGCGGCAGCGCAACCACAAACUUUGUCGGCAAGUUCACGCAGAGUGUGCGGCGAAUCGUGCAGGAUGUGAAGGACGAGGGGGCGCCCAGCGGCAUGACGCGGGACGAGGUGAUCGAGACGAACGAGCGCCUGCGAUCCCUGCGGCUGCGCCUGGAGGAGUCCUACGAAACGGCCAAGAAGGCGCUGAUCAACCUCAUGAACAAGUACGGCGACUCGAAGAGCCAGCGCAACAUCUUCCAGCGCUAUCCCAUGCUCAAGCUGAUGAUUAAGGAAGUCAUCCGCCUGGAGACCCAGUACUGGACUCUGGUGGACAUCCCGCGGCAGGAGAAGCAGGAGACGGUGCCCUCCUACGUGAUGCGGGCCUGCUCGAUUAUGGAGAAGACGCAGAAGUCCGGCGAGGGUGUGAAGACCUCCGCCCGACUGGCUGAGGAGGCGGCCGAACGACGGGAGCGCAUGGAGCGAUUAGAACAUAUGACAACUGCCCAAAUCGAGCACGAGAAUACGCAGCUGAUAAACGACUUGUACCGCUUGCUGAAAAAGUAUCUGGGACUGCGACACCUUAUCCGUGUGCUGAAGGAGGAGUACGGCAGCUCCAAGAUGUAUCCCAUAUUUCCACGUUACACAAUGCUCAAGGAUAUGAUAAAAGGAAUCAUGCACGAUCCCGACUACAUGGAGGUGUGCCACGAGACGCUGGCCAACGCCAACUGAGCCGAGGGCACCGGAAAUGGCAGGCGUCGCAUGAGUGUCAUUUGAGAGGGCCCAAAAACUAA